AUGGGGUGCAACAUGUGUGUGGUUCAAAAGCCUGAAGAACAAUACAGAGUCAUGUUCCAGGAAGUCGAGUUGUAUAAGUCUCGUCAGCAGGACAAACUGGGCCUGACAGUUUGUUACAGAACUGAUGAUGAGGAGGACCUCGGGAUCUAUGUUGGAGAGGUGAACCCAAACAGUAUAGCUGCAAUAGAUGGCCGCAUCCGCAAAGGAGACAGAAUACUACAGAUAAAUGGAGUGGACAUCCAAAACAGAGAGGAGGCGGUAGCUAUUCUCACCAGAGAGGACAGCACUAAUGUCUCCCUGCUCCUUGCACGACCCGAGAUAGAGGUGAGGAAAUUGGAUAUAUUAAAGCUUGAUCUGCUGUCUUGGGGGAGAGAGAGAGAGGGAGAAGUGAAGGGGAUGCUGAAGAGUCCAUCUGCCCAGCAGUCACGGAAUGAGGAGCAGCGCCUCUAUCCUGGGGACUCACCUGAUUUGCUCCAGACGGUGCUGAGCAACAGCCAGGAACUCGACAGUGGGGUGGGACGGACAGAUGAAAGCACACGCUAUGAGGAGUCUUCAGAACAUGACCUUCUGGGAGACGACCACACUAGUGCCUCCAACACGAAUGCCACCAAUACACCUGGCAGCAUGCGUAAGUUUUUUUCCAGCCGAGGGGAUACUCCACCUUUGCUGCACUCGCAAGACCUCCAGUUCAGUACUGACUCUCUCUUAGGCCUGGACUGUGUUAAUGGAGGUGGACUGGAACAGGUGGAGCGAUUGGAGAGGGCCUACAUGGCUGAUCCUGUGAGGAUGAUGAUGCCUGGGCUGACGGAGGAGGAGUGUGAGAGGUACAAAGAGCUCUUGGAAAUCAAGUGUUACUAUGAGAAGAACAGUAAGGCUCUCCUGCUACUAGGAGAUCAGGGGCAGUCACAGGAAGAAGGGGGUGUCUCACUUGAUGUGAAUAGGAAUGAAAAUUUGACGCAGCAUGAGAUGGCCCUUCUGGAAGAGGAGCUGCGCCACUUGGAAUUCAAGUGUCGUAACAUCCUGAGGGCGCAGAAAAUGCAACAGCUAAGGGAGCGUUGUCUGAAAGCCUGGCCUCUCGAGGACAAGAACGGAGCGAGUGCAGGGGCUGGAGAAUCAUGUCAUCAUGCUCUGUCAGAUAUCAAUGAGCUCCCAGAAAGGGAGCGCUCAGAUAAGGACAGUACGAGUGCCUACAACACAGGAGGGGAAAGCUGCAGGAGCACCCCUCUGGUCAGUGAACAGUACCCUUCACACUCCACACAGAGCCUGGAAAGAGGAGAAUCUCUUCUCUCAGUGGGUAUGCAGCUUCAAACCUCCACCAGGCAAAGACAGAGAGGAACCAGGGCUGAAAGAGGGGACGGACCACCAGUAAAUCUCAACAAAUCCUACUCUCCCCACAGUCACAGGAAAGCAGCUGAGGGUAAGACAUCUAGCCCGGGAGCUAAAGUUAGAUCCCUGUCCAGGGAUGGAGGAACCAGGAGGGGCUCGGAUGGAGGAAUGAGACGUAACUCGAAAGGCAAUGGAACAGCUGAGAGGGCUGGUGGGCGAAGUGCAGAGAACAGCCCUUAUCUGUCCCGUCGUCAUCCUGAAACGAAGCUGCCCCAACGCUACCUGAGCUGCAUGCAGUUGAGGUCUCCCUCCACGUCUGAGCGGCUUGCUGGGCUCAGAGAGGGCAGCAUGGAGACUGAGGGCGAUGCCAGCCCAAUGAGUUUGGGUAGCACAUGUAAAGAUGUUUCCCAGGUCCCAAGUGCUCUACCCAUACCUUUGUCCCCUCCACUUCUGCCUGCCUCACCUCGUAUGGAGUGGAAGGUGAAGAUCCGUAGCGAUGGUUCACGUUACGUGGCAAAACGGCCUGUGAGGGAUCGCCUCCUGAAGGCACGUGCCAUGAAGAUUAGAGAAGAGCGCAGCGGCAUGACAACAGAUGAUGAUGCAGUGAGUGAAAUGAAGAUGGGCCGUUACUGGAGCAAAGAGGAGCGCAAACAGCAGCUCCUAAAGGCUCGAGAGCAGAGGCGGCGCAGGGAGUUCAUGAUGCAAAGCCGCCUCGGCUGUCUGAGAGAGCGACAGCAGGGGUCGACAAACCAGCAGGAGCCCACCUCCAUCCUGGAGCUAUGCCACCGCAGGAGCAUGAAGAAGCGCAGUCGCAGAAUCCUGGACAACUGGAUAACUAUACAGGAACUACUGGCCCAUGGGACCAGGUCUGUUGAUGGGAAGAAAGUCUAUAACCCCCUGCUGUCUGUCACCACCGUGUGA